GACCACCCACUUCCUAGGUAGAUAUUCAGCACCAUCUGCUGUUUAUGCCUACUCACUCAUAUCCACAAGUCUCUCGCAGAAACUAGCACCACAAACUACCAAACGAAAUUUUGUGUUGUCGUCUAGAGCGAUGAAAGGACACGUCCUUUUAUCGUCAAUCCCAAUUGAAUAUCAUUCAACUUAGGAAGCAACAAGUGACGAUACGGGAGUGAGGUCCAUCCGUCAAGUAUACCCCUCCAGGGUAACCCGAGUACAAAUUUCCAGGUCAAGACUACCCUGAUAAGAAAAGGGGGGUAUUCCUUUUGAGUCCAAGCAUUACUCAUUCGACAUGGCCGACCCGAACACCUGUCCACCACUUUUGCCGUCGUCCAUCGUGGCGGCUCACGCCAAAAUCCAGGGUCACAUCCACCAUACGCCCGUCUUGACGUCGAGGUCGUUGGACGCCAUCGCGAGUGCUCCCGACCCCAGGGUGUUCCUCGGCGACACCCCCCCGACGUUCGAGGAAGCCGAAGCGUCACGAGCGAAGGGGUCGAACGCCGAGACGACGCCUCGGUUUCGCGUCUGGUUCAAGUGUGAGAACUUCCAAAAGAUUGGUGCUUUCAAGGCCCGAGGUGCCUUCCACGCCGUGGCCAGACUCGUGGAGGAGAUGGGCGUAGAAGAGGUCAGGAGACGUGGAGUGGUCACUCAUAGCAGUGGUAACCACGCACAAGCUUUGGCUCUGGCGGCCUCGACUUUCAAAAUACCAAGUUACAUCGUGAUGCCGAGUAUAAGUACACCUUCCAAGAUCGCCGGGACGAGGUUGUACACACCCAACGUCAUCUUUUCCGGUUCGACGAGUCAAGAACGUGAAGCAGUGGUGGCAGAAGUCAUUGCCGACAAGGGUGCCAUACUGGUCCCACCUUAUGACCAUCCCGACAUCAUUCUAGGUCAAGGAACCGUAGGGUUGGAACUCGAGUCACAAGUCCGUGAAUUACAACUCCAACGACUUACGGAGAAGAAGGAGACAUCCUCCUCAAAGGAUGGUGAUGACGAUGAUGGUUCUUCUACUCGGACAAAACUCGAAGGUCUGGACGCGGUGAUAACACCCCUCGGCGGUGGAGGUUUGUUGUCGGGUGUGGCUACAUACUUUUCCGACAAACCAGGUACUUUGGUGUUUGGAGCCGAACCGAGUUUCCAAGGUGGCGACGACGGAAGACGUGGCUUAGCACAAGGAAAAAGGAUCGAACACGUCAAGACGUUGACCAUCGCCGACGGUCUGAGGACACCGGUUGGGGUGACAAACUGGGGUGUUCUGAGCAACAGGAGAAAGUUGGAGGGGGUCUACUCCGUGACCGAAGACGAGAUCAAAAUGGCCAUGAGGUUGGUGUUUGAGAGGUUAAAGGUCGUGGUCGAGCCGAGCGGUUGUGUCGGGUUGGCCGUGGUGUUGUUCAACCAGGAAUUCAGGGCCAUGUGCUCCCAGAGACAGAUGGGAUUGGAAAAGGACGGGUGGGACGUCGGGGUCGUGUUUUCGGGUGGGAAUACUACCAUGAAGGCCAUUGCGAAGUUGUUUGGGGAGGAUGAGACAGACGCAAAGGACACAAAAGAAAGGCAGGCAGGAAAGGUCGGAAGGGAUGGAUCAAGAAUGGCAGAGGAUGUUGCUGGAUAGAGAGAGGUAGAUGUGAUGACGGAGUACUUCUUGACAUUUGCGUAUAUACCUAUUACUGCUGUUAUAUACGGAGUAUACGGAUAUAUAUUGGAUUAUGAUACUCUGGUGUGAAGAUAGAAAGAAGUAUAUCAAAACUCAGAUAUCUACUAGACGGACCGAUAUGAUGAUGCCAUGAAUAUAGCUCUGCGUCAUCGUGAUCACUGCGAAAGGUACUCGUCCAUCUAGUCUUGAC